AUGGGAGCGGCGCCGGUGGACGAGGAGGCCACGGGGUUCGAAGUCGGCAUCGUCGUGCCAAAGCUCCCGCGCGCCGCCGCAGCCGACGGCGGGGAGCACUGCCUCGCGCUGCUCGUGCGGGAGCUCGAGGACGUCGGCCUGCUCGUCGACCGCGUACGCGGCGUGCCCGCAGAGUUCAUCAAGCUUUCCGCGCCCAUGGGCACCCUGGGGAGAGCCGCCGCCGAGAUGCAGAUGAAGAAGCUAACCUACAUCGGAAUGGAGCUGCAGUUUGAAUGGGACCAGGUCGCCGCCUUCGUCACGCAGCCCGACGGCUCCCUCUUCAGCUGGCGGGAGCGCUUCACAUGCUUCCGCUACUUGAUUUACGGCAUCGUCAACAAGAUGGACUCUGAUAUAUCCCUUAAAUUUGAUGAUAAAGAGUUUCAUUGGAAACAGAAUGAGUCGCUGUUACGCAGGCUCGAAGACGAAGGGGUUGUGAAGCUAGUCUUCCCUUUGCAUGAUGAAAUUAAAAGGAAGCAGCUCCUCAGAAAUUGGGCACUGAACUGGCAUGACUUCACAUGGCAACCUAUCGAUGAAGUUUACUCCUAUUUUGGAACCAAGAUUGCUACAUAUUUUGCUUUCCUAGGAAUGUAUACGCGUUGGCUAUUCUUUCCAGCCGUAUCUGGACUGGCCACUCAGCUGAUAGAUUUUGGGUCAUUGCAGUGGCUGGUUCUUCCUGCUUUCUUUAUCUUCGUGAUUUCUUGGGCUGUCUUCUUUUUGCAAUUUUGGAAACGGAAGAAUUCAGCACUUCUUGCUAGGUGGGGCAUUAAUUAUUCAAUUGCAGAAUACAAAGCUUCUGCUAAUGAACUGGACCCUUUAAGGCAUCCUCAGUCUGUUGAAUGUGUGGAGGAAAAGAAAUUUGAUGAUGCGCCUGCUGAGAAAAGAAGAUUGCAGAGAAAUGAGUGGUCUGGUGUCCUUCUUAGAAUUAGGAACAAUGCCAUUAUUGUGUUGGGUAUUAUUUGUCUUCAGCUGCCAUUUGAGUUGGCCUAUGCUCAUUUGUAUGAAAAGACUGAAACUGAGGCUGUAAGGUAUGUGUUGACUGCAGCAUAUCUUGUUGCAAUUCAAUACUAUACCAGGAUAGGUGGAAAGGUGUCUGUCAUUCUAAUAAAGUACGAAAACAACCAAGGAGAACAGUCUAGUGCUGAUAGUUUGAUUUAUAAGGUCUUCGGUCUAUACUUUAUGCAGUCGUACAUUGGGUUGUUUUACCAUGCUUCUCUUUAUCGUGACAUUUUGAGACUCCGGAAAGUUCUUAUUCAGCGCCUCGUUGUGUCCCAGGUGUUGGAAAAUCUGAUUGAGAAUUCUUUUCCAUAUCUCAAAUACAGCUACAAAAAGUACAAAGCUGUUCACAAGAAAAGACAAGAGAAAGAAUCACCAUCAGGGAAGUCAGUUCGAUUAACAACAAGAGUGGAGAAAGAAUAUUUAAAACCCUCCUAUACCGCAAGCAUUGGAGAAGAGCUUGAAGAUGGUCUGUUUGAUGAUUUUCUUGAGCUAGCUCUUCAGUUUGGGAUGAUCAUGAUGUUUGCAUGUGCGUUUCCCUUGAUAUUCUGCUUUGCUGCCCUGAACAAUGUUACUGAAAUAAGAGCGGACGCAUUGAAGUUGUUAGUCAUGUUGAAAAGACCUGUUCCACGUGCUGCAGCUACAAUUGGAGCGUGGUUGAACAUAUUCCAGUUCCUGAUCGUAAUGGCAAUCUGCACCAACUGCUUGCUUCUUGUUUGCUUGUACGAUGAGGAGGGUAAGUGGAGGAUUGAGCCAGGACUCGCGGCAAUCCUUAUAAUGGAGCAUGCUCUCCUCUUAAUCAAGUUUGGUUUCUCACACUUUGUCCCUGAGGAGCCUGCAUGGGUGAGAGCAAAUCGUGUGCGGUACGUAGCUCAGGCACAAACUGUCUGCUCUAAGCAACUCUUGAGGAGCAUCUCAAAACUGGAUACGAAGUGGGAGUGA